AUGGCGGCGCUGGUGGGACUGCGUGCAUGUUUCUCCGGUAAAAUCGUUUAUUUCCUGCAAAAACAUAUCGAUUAACGUGUAAUUCUGACAUUUUAAUAUGCGGCACUAACUCUUACUCCUGUUUUACUCCCGUGUUUGUAGUUUCUGUCACUGAAACUGAAACAGUGAGGGUUUUAAAGAGGUGAUGCUGUUUGUUCUGAGAGCAAGGUCACGUUACCGAAGACUGUUAGCUAACUUCAGAGCUAGCUCAGGAUUACCUCUGAUUACUGAUCAAUGAAGAUGAACCCCUGAGAGAUUGUUGACAGUUUAAUUUAUCUUUAUUUAUUCAGAUCAUAUAAACCGACUGUUCUGUGGAGGAACAGCUCUGCGGAGUCUCUCUGAGGGUUUAGCUGCUGCUGUUAGCGAACUAAAAUCAACAUUUCUGCUUCUUAAGUUUGACUAAAAGUGUUAAAACGGUCAUUAUUAAAGAGUGCAGGAGUUAUAUUACUAACAUGUCUGUAUCAGAGAGUGUGCACAGACAGUAUAGAUGUCCCACACCUGCAGAUAGAUCAAGAUUACCUGUUAAAAGAUGGAAACAUCAGUCUAGAUGUCUGUCACAGUUUCUGUUACUGAAGCUGGAUCUAAGAAUGAAGCAGACUCAUCCGUCUCUUCAGGGAGGAGUCGACUCUCAAACUUUGGGGGAGUUUUGGCUCCACUGAAGCAGGAGAAUGUCUCCACCUCCUCUAAAGCUGGAUGUUUCUCCUCUGAAGUUUCUCUCUGCCUCCAUCAUUGUUUACUUUCCUCACGAAUUAUACACCAAGAUCUGAGCAGGAAUCUGAUCACUGUAGUAACCUUUAUGAGCCGAUCAGAGGCAGACGGGUUCGAUGAUUUGAUUCGCCACGACUCCAGAAAUGAUUGAGAAACUACAGGAUGUUAUAAAACGACGUAUCUGCGCUCCCGCCUUAAAGAGUAGAGAUGCGUCCACGCUGUCCCGGUCUGAGUGGGUUAAACAGCGGGUUUAUAUCUGAGUGAAUAAAGCCGUAAUGUCCUGUUCUCCUCUCCUCAGCCCUUCAGCUCUCCUCGCCGGGUCUCCUCCACAGCUCCUUUAAACUGGUGAGUCUGAACAUCCGGCCCAGAGUCUCGGACUGUUCAGAUCUUUGAUUGUCCCCCCCGCUUCCCUGCGCUCACUGCUCCGAUGUUCGGUUUGUGGUUUUCCCCGCAGUGUGCUGUGCCUCUGAGUCGGCGGACAUUUGCAGCAGAAGCCAAGAAGGUGUACAGCAGAGACAAACCUCACGUGAACAUCGGGACGAUUGGCCAUGUAGAUCACGGCAAGACCACGCUGACAGCAGCCAUCACCAAAGGUAACGGCGUCCAUACCGACGCAGAGAUCUCUUCAGAGUUUGUGAAACAGGAAAAUGAAAGCUGGAGUUCGCUCGGUGUUUUUGUCCUCAGUGCUCGCUGAAGCUGGUGGAGCGAACUACAAGAAGUACGAGGACAUCGACAACGCCCCCGAGGAGAAGGCCAGAGGGAUCACCAUCAACGCCUCUCACGUGGAGUACACCACCGCCAACAGACAUUACGCUCACACAGACUGUCCCGGUCACGCCGACUACGUCAAGGUGAUCUCCUCUAACGGCUUCGAUCAUCCGAGGUCGACCCGCCCUGUUUGUGCGUUUUAUCAACCCACUCUGUGUCCUCUUCCAGAACAUGAUCACAGGCACGGCUCAGAUGGACGGCUGCAUCCUGGUGGUGGCGGGCACUGACGGCCAGAUGCCUCAGACGCGGGAGCACCUCCUGUUGGCGCGGCAGAUCGGGGUCGAACACGUGGUGGUUUUCAUCAACAAGGCCGACGCCGUGGAGGACAAGGAGAUGCUGGAGCUGGUGGAGAUCGAGAUCCGUGAGCUGCUCACAGAGUUCGGCUACGAUGGCGAGAACACACCCGUCGUCAUAGGCUCCGCCCUCUGUGCGCUGGAGGUUAGGAGAACAUUAGCAGUGAUAUUAGCCUCUGAUAACUGUGUCUGUCAGUCAUCCUUUAACUGACACUAACCUGAGUGUGGUUGAACUUUAGAACAAAGAGCCUGAGCUCGGAGUGAACGCCGUGAUGAAGCUCCUGGAGGUCGUCGAUAAUUACGUUCCCCUGCCGAAAAGAGAGCUGGAGAAACCGUUCCUCCUGCCCAUCGAAGGUUCUUAUUCGAUCCCAGGUAUGAAGAGUGUGAGCCGAUCAAAGAGGACCGAUGAUCAUCAUCAUCCCAACAUGGUGAGGUGAGAAAGUUCCCGGCUCUGAACGCCGUUUUUAUCCUGUGUGUGUUUCAGGCAGGGGGACCGUGGUGUCGGGAACCCUGGAGAGAGGAAUCAUCAAAAAAGGAGACGAUGCCGAGUUUGUCGGACACAAUCGCAACAUCAAGUCGGUGGUUACAGGUGAGAGAAGGAAACAGGAAAAGACAGAAACCGUAAAAGAGGAGCGACAGUGUGUUGAGUGUGUGUGGGUACAUGUGUGUAUAUAUGUAUAUGUGUGUAUGUAUGUUUGUAUGUGUAUGUAUACAUAUAAUUAUUAUUAUAUAGAUAUUCCAAUGUAAUCCAAUUAAGAUUUUUUUUGUUUUCUUUUCUUUUUAAAUUCUCUUUUACAUAUUAUAUAAAUCCCCCCCCCCACAAAAGUAUUUUUGUAAAUUUUUUAUUUUUUAUCUUUUUGUUGUUGUUGUUGUUUCUGUUGUUGUCGUCACUCUGUUUUGUUGUUAAAAAAAAAUAAUAAUAAAAAAUAAAUUAAUAAAAUAAAAUAAAAUGUCCCCCCCCCCCCCAAAAAAAAAAAAAGAAAAAAAAAAAAGAGGAGCGACAGGACGGGCUCUCGUCAGAUUUAGAUUUAGAAACUUUAUUAAAACUGGAGAGUAAACCUGAGCGAGCAGCACAGACAAACUUCAUCCAGACUGAGAUCCUUUCUUACAUGAAUUCUCUUUAGAGCUCACCUCUCCACGUCACGUUAAACUUCUGACGCUCGUCUGUUUGAAGUAUUUUCUGUAGAAAUAAACGCAGAAAUUUGACUGAGCUCAUCUUCAGCAGCAGAGACGUUUGCUCCGCCUCCUCCUCCUCUUUUAUCACAUCUCCGCUCGUCCAAACAACAAUCUGAAGACGACUCCACACACGCCGAUGGACUCUAACCUUCUUCACUUCCUGUUUGCUUCAGGUAUUGAGAUGUUCCACAAGUCUCUGGACCGGGCAGAGGCCGGAGAUAACCUGGGCGCUCUGAUCCGAGGUAUCAAGAGAGAGGACGUGAGGAGGGGGAUGGUGAUGUGUAAACCAGGAUCCAUCCAGCCUCACCGGAAAGUCAAAGCCCAGGUCUGAAAACACCGAACCGAGAAUUUUUAACAAUCAGUGAAUCAAAAAGAGCGAAAGUUUGAUCCUUCAGCUGCUGCAGGUUUCUCUGCUCUGUUACUGACACACUGAUAUAUAUGUGUGUGUGUGCGCGUCAUUUCUCACAGGUGUACAUUCUGAGUAAAGAGGAGGGAGGCAGACACAAACCCUUCGUCACCAACUUCAUGCCCGUCAUGUUCUCGCUGACCUGGGACAUGUCCUGUAGAGUCACCCUGCCCCCAGAGAAGGUCGGUGUUCACCCAUGACGGCUCAUUUCAAACCCAUCCGGCUGACGAGCGAGUUAAACGUGAAAAUAUAGUUCAGAUUUUAUUUCUAAGUUUAGUGUUUUCUUAUUUAUCAAAUCUGAGCAGGUAGAUUCAUCAGAUUCAGGGUUAAAAGGACGUAUCAGAGCAGGAGCGUCUCCCUCCCUCACCUGUCUUCUUCUGUCUCCUCAGGACAUGGUGAUGCCCGGGGAGGACACCCCCCUGAUGCUCACGCUUCGCCAGCCCAUGAUUCUGGAAAAAGGUCAGAGGUUCACUCUGAGGGACGGGAACAAAACCAUCGGCACCGGCCUGGUUACAGACAUCCUGCCCUUCUCAGAUGAAGACGCCCAGAUCAGAUGGGGCUGA